CCCCUGGUUUGUAGGAAGCCCUAGGCCAGCUAGUAUGUAGCAGCAGAACCAAGUGCCCAGCAGAGUGGCUACCAUUAACUCCUAGCCAUGGCAAUGAGAAAUCCUCUGUGCACUUUGCAGGGGGGAAGUUUCUGCUGCAUCUCAAGCCUGAAGUGCAGCGCUUUAUUAUAAGGGCUAAUAAAUAGACGGCGGCUGUAUCUAUGCUGUUUUCAUCUCUUCUUCCCAUGCACAUAUCAGAGCAGAAGUAAUUGGUUUGCCUUUUUAUGCCCCCUCCCAUAAUCAGAGAAAUCGUGAUCAGGUACGUAUCUCCCAGAACUGCUUCCCUAGGAAUGGCUGCUGUCUGUUGCUACUGAGGCGCACCGACUAGACGCAUGUAGGGAAGAAGCGGGACAUGGAGGGGAAGCUGUGCUAGUGGGAGACUGGAUUCGAUCGCGGUCGCCAGGCAGCAGUUGUACAGCAUCACGUAGAGGGGCAGAUCGCUUUGCCCAGACUGUAGCAGCAGCACAAUCGCUAGCCGCCUGCAUCAAUGCUCCGGCCAAGUGAGGAAGGUCUGGCUGAACUAGUCCCCCGGCCCCCGGCUCCCCCCUACCAUAAGCUGCUAAAGGACUGACCAGCGCUGGAACUUUCAUUCUGGAUCUGCGGACAUUUUUUUUUUUUUAAGAAAAGCAGUUUGAUGUGUUGAGCAAGCGGUGUGUGUGAGGCUGGCCGCUCCGCGCAUGCGCAGCGCUAUUGGGAAUUAGGCUCUUGCCGGAGACUUUUACUCGCAUUCCUGGAACCUGCUGCUCAUUAACCAACGUUUCAUAAUUACAAGUUGACCAUGUGGACUCUCCGGGGCAGGGGAUAUUUCGGGAUGCUGUCGCUGCCCGUGAUGAUUGCCAUGGUGUGCUGCGCUCAGAGCGUUAACGAGCCCAGCAACAUGUCAUAUGUGAAGGAAACAGUGGAUAGAUUGCUCAAGGGAUAUGACAUUCGCCUCAGGCCAGAUUUCGGAGGCCCUUCGGUGGAGGUUGGGAUGCGAAUUGACGUUGCUAGUAUAGAUAUGGUCUCUGAAGUCAACAUGGAUUACACACUAACAAUGUACUUCCAGCAAUCAUGGAGAGACAAAAGACUAUCAUACUCUGGGAUUCCAUUAAAUCUAACAUUGGACAACAGGGUCGCCGAUCAACUGUGGGUGCCAGAUACAUAUUUUCUAAACGAUAAAAGAUCUUUUGUUCACGGUGUCACAGUGAAAAACAGAAUGAUUCGACUUCACCCUGACGGAACGGUUCUUUAUGGCCUUAGGAUAACAACCACGGCUGCUUGUAUGAUGGAUCUGCGGCGAUAUCCGUUGGAUGAACAAAACUGCACACUUGAAAUUGAAAGUUAUGGCUACACGACAGAUGACAUCAAGUUUUACUGGAACGGAGGGGACAAAGCCAUCACAGGAGUUGAAAAGAUUGAGCUGCCUCAGUUUUCUAUUAUCGACUAUAAAAUGGUUUCAAGGAACGUCAUUUUCUCCACUGGUGCCUAUCCUCGGCUGUCGCUUAGUUUUCGCCUGAAAAGAAAUAUUGGAUACUUCAUUUUGCAAACCUAUAUGCCUUCUACAUUGAUUACUAUCCUGUCAUGGGUCUCCUUCUGGAUCAAUUACGAUGCGUCGGCUGCAAGAGUUGCUUUAGGGAUAACAACUGUACUGACCAUGACAACGAUCAGCACUCAUCUCAGAGAGACUCUGCCCAAAAUCCCCUAUGUGAAAGCUAUAGAUAUCUAUCUGAUGGGAUGUUUCGUAUUUGUGUUCUUAGCUUUGCUGGAAUAUGCCUUUGUCAACUAUAUAUUCUUUGGUAAAGGUCCUCAGCUUCAGAAGAAAGCAGCAGAAAAGGCUGAAAAAGCAAAUAAUGAAAAGACAAAGCUGGAAAUGAACAAAGUUCAGGUCGACGCUCACGGAAACAUUCUCCUUACAACUCUCGAACUAAGAAAUGAAGUCAGCGGCUCGGAAGUGCUAACAAGCAUCAGCGACCCAAGAGCCACCAUGUUCUCAUACGACAGCGCAAGCAUCCAGUACCGCAAGCCGGUGGCCAACAGAGAUAUGUACAGCAGAAGCACUUUAGAUAGGCACGUGGUUCACAAAAAGGGGCGCUUAAGGAGAAGGGCAUCUCAGAUUAAAAUUAAGAUUCCUGAUUUGACUGAUGUGAAUGGCAUAGACAGAUGGUCGAGGAUGAUAUUCCCUGUUGCUUUUGCUUUUUUUAAUGUUGUCUAUUGGCUUUACUAUAUACACUAAAUGAUGCAGUUGGCACCUUCCUGAGAAUCUUAGGUCUAUUUUUCUGAUGCUGAAAGGACUGCAUUAGCAAUAAUGCUGCAAGGUAAGGUAUUCAGCCAUCAAACUGAUUUCAGUGUUCUGCACACAGCAUUUUCUGAGACGACCGUUUCUAGAAAGAUAAAGCUUUACUCUCUUUCCAGAUUUAACGUUUUUGACUUCUUGAGUGCCAGGGGGUACCCUUGGGGGGUUCCAUCUGGGGCUUGAGAGAGUGAAAAACAACAAUUAUUCCAAUACAUCAAGGUAAGAAAAAAAGCUUUAUAACUGUGUUGGCAGUGUAUGUAUCUCUUAACCCCUUCUCUGCCGGAGUGGCCAGCAAUACCGUGCAUAGAAGUGGUUACACUGAACUCCUAUAUCACGGGGGGGGUAUAUCUGAUGUCGCAGGAUACUUUGUCCUUAGACUAUUUUGUUCUUUUUUUGGUGUAUAACGAAACACAUUGCUAAUACAAGUUCCUUCGGAAGAAACUGAAAAGUUUACAAUACACAGUAACGCGUUUUUCUGUGAACUUCACACCAAAUACAUGAACAGAUUUAUGGGUCUGAUUGAUUGUAAUUGACUGAUUGUUGCCAUAAUAGUCUUAAAGAGCCGUGUGAUGAACAUGCAACAUAGAAGGAUAUUUGUCUGGAUAUAUUUUGAAUGAAAAGGUAAAAUUAUGUACAGAAAUCAAUCAUCUUUCCUAAUGACUUCAGCACCUUCCCAGCAAUGAUCCUACAGCCUGAGUAAGUGUCCUGCUCGGGUCUCAGCUCGCCAGUGUAAAAGCAGAGGUAGAAUGAUAUUGAUGUAUAUUCCCACCACCAGUACAUAAUAACAGAUGCUAGAUGUUAUAGCCCAGUAACCAAAGCUAGUUUUAGAUAAAGGGAUUUGCUGGGGUUUCAAUAAAUAAAUAGUGAGUGUCUAUGGAGUCUUACAGCAGCCCCUCUGGCAUUUGCCAGAACCCACAGAUUGCCAGUCCCAGCCUGUGUUCACUUUAUUAUAAUAUCAUGACCUGCAUAACCGAUCAUCAGGACACUUUCUUAAGUAGUGACCUGAAAUAUUGUGUAAAGCCAUGAUUUUAUAAUAAAGUACUCUGGGUGUGGAUCUCCAUCUGUUCAAGUAUAUUUUUAUGUCAAAUCCAGGAAAACCAGUACUACAGGUCCAAGCAAGGACCAAAAAGUCUGUUGCAAGUGAUGGUGUUAUAUACAUAUUAAUUGUCCACUUGUUUUGCAUCAUUCAUAUAGCUACAAUGUUUAUUUACUUUGGCAGAGAUGUUAUAAUUUUGAAGAAAAUAUGAAAUGUCUAUUUUUAUUAAAAAAAUAUUUUUGUU